GGCACGAAGUUCGCUCCUCGGCCGCAGCUGCCUUCAAGCGUCUCCGCCCGCAUCCCGCGCUCAGCAUCCCGCGCCCAGCAUCCCGCACCCAACAUCCCAGCACCAUGUCCGGAGGGAAGGUCCAGAUGCCGGUGGCCGUUUUCGUGCUGUCGAUGCUGCUGAGCCUUAGUUCAGACGCUGUCCGCGUAAACAAGCGCCCGGUGCGGACUCGAACCUGUGCCGAUCGUCCCGAGGAGCUUUUGGAACAGUUGUACGGGCGGCUGGCUGCAGGCAUGCUCAGCGCCUUCCACCACACCCUGCAGUUGGAACCGCUGGACAAGGAGCGCAACGUGAGCUGCCCGGCAGGGGGCAGGCCCGUCCAGGACAAGAAAUACCGACUCCCCAUCAACCUGCACAGCGUCUCCCCAUGGGCCUACAGGAUCUCCUAUGAUCCCACAAGGUAUCCAAAGUACAUGCCCGAAGCAUAUUGUCUGUGCAAGGGCUGUCUUACAGGACUAUAUGGAGAGGAAAACUUUAAUUUCCGCAGUACCCCUGUAUAUAUGCCCACAGUCAUUCUGCGCCGCACCUCAGCUUGUGCUGGGGGGCGCUAUGUUUACACAGAAGAUUAUGUGACCAUUCCAGUUGGGUGCACAUGUGUUCCAGAACCAGAGAAGGAGUCAGAGAGCCUGAACUCCAGCAUCGACAAGCAGGGAAUGAAACUAUUGAUGAACCCGAACGACAAACCCACAACGAACUGAACUUGAGGAGGACUCAUCAGCUUCCCUCUUGACUUUGUUAUCCCUGCACAGAAUCAGGAAAUUAAAAGCAAAUGAAAAUCCAGUUCCUUCUGAAAGGCUUCCAUUGCGUGGUAAAACUGGAAGGAUUUCAUCAGGAUAUCAGGAGAUAAAGUUGAGCCAUGAAACAACAAACUGAACUGGGAAAGGUCUUUUUUAAAAUAUAGACUAGUCUACAAUUAAUGUCAAUGUUGCGACUCUUCUCUUUUCUGGACAAAAUUAGUGCUUGGUUUGAACUGCAUUAGAUACUAGGAUGAACCCAUGAAUCAUAUUCAUCUACUAUUUUCAACUGCACAGUCUGGUAUAAAACUGUGUAAUGGGCAUGCCCCGAGGAUUUAAUUUCUCACAAUACUUGGGGACAAGCAUUGCUCUUGGAAAGAAAUUCUCUGGACUACAUUUCCUAGAAGGUUGUCCAUCUGACUGCACAGUAUGGUGACAACACCAGUCAAAGGGUUCUCUUUAUUGGAGCAUUCUUUUCAAAGUGGGAGGUCUAAAAAAACCAAAUUGCCAGAAAUUUGGGGCAAUGAUUGAAAUGGUAAAAUGGUGAGAUGUUAAGCUUUGUAGCAAGGAGAGGGAAGAGACCGCUGGGAGCCCAGCAAGGUCAGGUUGGUGAUUCCUCUGAGCAGUGAGCAGAAACACACAUUUGGAGAUGGACUAGCCACUAGCAUAAAGGCUGCCAGAGUUGGGAAGGAGCAGGGAUGGAAAAGAUUCCAGGCGGAGCCAGGCUGAAGCCAUUUGGGCCUCCCCAAGAAGUAAGCUUAUCAUCUUCCUGGACACUGAGGCCCGAGACAAAGACCCAUUGACAGUUUCCUCACCCUGAGGGUCAGU